GUCGUGAUCGACUGCCGUGCAAAAGACGAGACGAUCCGAUGCCCUCGACCCGCACCCGGCUGGCCAUCGGCCUCUGGGGCCCCGACCCCCCCGAUCGCGCCCUGCUGGCCAAGCUGGACUGCACCCUCCUGCCCUACUUCUCGCUCAUCUGGUUCCUGUUCGGCGUCACCCGCGCCAGCUACUCGUCCGCCUACAUCAGCGGCAUGAAGGAGGCCCUGGGCUUCGAGGGCAAGGACUACAACUACAUGAACACCGCCUACCUGGUGGUCUACGCCGUCUGCCAGAUGCCCGGCACCAGCCUGCUCACCGUCGCCCGCCCCAAGUACGUCUUCGUCGCCGCCAACGUCACCUGGAGCGUCCUGACCCUCAUCACCUACCGCAUGUCCCACGCCUGGCAGGUCAUCCUGCUCAACGCCCUCGAGGGCGGCUUCUCCGCCAUCGCCUAUGUGGGCGCCCAGUUCAUUCUUGGCUCCUGGUACAAGAAGUCCGAGCUGGGUAUGCGCGCCGCCGUCUUCUGCGUCUUUGGCCAGCUGGGCACCAUGGCGGGCAGCUGGAUCCAGGCCGGGCUGCUGGCGACCCUCGCGGGGAAGGGGGGGAUGCCCGCCUGGAAAUGGAUCUUCAUCAUCGUGUCGGUCAUGACGGUCCCGGUGGCACUCUUCGGCUGGGUGUUCAUCCCCGACCUGCCCGCCCAUCGCGCCGCCUGGUAUCUCACCGACGAGCAGAAGGACCACGCCAUCGCCCGCCUCGGGGCGGUCCGCAAGCAGGCCUGGGACCGCACGGUGUUCCGUCGCGUGCUGCUCAGCUGGCAGUUCUGGCUCCUGCCGUUCAUCUUCAUGCUGUACUCCCUCUCCAUCCAGAUGCUGCAGAACAACGUCAUGGCCUACUGGAUGGCCUCGCGCGGGUACACCACCAUCCAACAGAACAACUACCCCACGGGCAUCUACGCCACCGCCAUCGUCGGCACCAUCGGGUACGCCAUCAUCUCCGACCGGCGGCAGUCGCGCUGGGAGGUGUCGGUGGCCAUCGGGUUGACCUUCGUCGUGGGGUCGGCCAUCCUGGUGUCCAGCCCGGCCACCGACGCGGGCUACUUCGUCGCCUUCUACCUGCUGGGCACCACCUUCGCCCCGCAGGCCGUCUGGUACUCGUGGAUGGCCGACGUGACGAGCCACGACUUCCAGCUGCGCGCCAUCACCACGGGCUUCAUGAACUCGUUCGACUUCGCCUUUGUCACCUGGUGGCCCCUGAUCUUCUACCCCGCCACCGACGCCCCCCACUUCCGCAAGGGGUACAUCGCCAGCCUGGUGACGGGCGCGCUGACCCUGCCACUGGUCGGGGUGAUCGCCUAUCUCGAGAAGCGCGACACGGCGCGCGGCAUCAUCGGGCGGUUUCCGGGGGAGGACCAGCAGGGGCUGCGGGGGGACGAGCAGGGCAAGCCGGGGGAGGAUCCGGUCAACGUGCGGGCGACCGAGGUCGAUGUGUAGGUCCAUCUGGGAGCAGUCUGUCAACAGAAGGGAUGGGGUGUGGGUGCCUCACUUUCGUCCGACUCGGACUCGGACAUGGCAUCAUUCCCCCGGUAGUCCGAGGGCGCAUCGCGUCCCCCUUGCGCAUACGCAUGAUCAGAC